AAUUCCUAAAACUUGUCAACCAAGCUUAGGAGUAUCCCUUAGAAUUCUCCUAUAAAUUCGCCUUUUUUCUGUAAAUUUUACUCAUAUAUUCUCUACAGCCUUUUCCUUUUUCUUAAAUUUACAAAAGAUUUUACUUCUUCAAUUACCUGCAAAACACACCGGAAAAAUGUGUCCCACCGGAAGUGUUUUGCAUUCUGCCGCCGGCGCCGGAAAACCAAAUCUGCGGUCAGCAUUCGACGUUUUGGACGUUGACCGCGAUGGAAAGAUUAGCAGAGAAGAUCUACGAACAUCGUACGGUGGAUUCGUCGGCGACGAUAUGAUUGGUACGAUGAUGACGGUGGCGGAUUCGAACGAAGAUGGAUACGUUGAAUUUGAGGAUUUCGAGAAGGUUUUGGAUAGUUCUAUUAGCAGAAACAGCGAGGAGAAGAGGAAAAACGGAGCAUUACGAGGAGAAAUGAAUGUAAUGGAGGAUGUCUUCAAGGUGAUUGACAAAGAUGGAGAUGGUAAAGUUGGGGUUGAGGAUUUGAAAAGUUAUUUGAGUUGGGCUGGGCUUCAAGUUGAUGAUGAUGAUAUCAAAGCUAUGAUUAAAUUGGGCCAUGGUGAAGAAAAUGGUGGUGUUACCUAUCAAGGUUUUCUUCAAAUUUUGUCUCUUUAAUUAAUUUCAUGAUGAUGAUGAUGAUGAUCAAUGUUAAAUUAGGUUGAACAAGUAUUUUUGUAAUUUUCAAUUUUUUUCAAGUGCUUCCCAUGUUGUUUAAGGAAAAAAAGACGUUCUAUUCCCAUCAUUUUUA